GGAAAGUGAUACCAGGCGAAGGCUCGCACUGUUACAAAGGAAUCCUCAGCUGUGCCACUCUCUGCAUUGCAAGACCUUUAUCUCUGUUGGAAUGGUAUUGCAACAGCGGACCCCCUUACUGCCACGGCAAAAAUCCUUUAUUCCACCACAGAUUCCAAACCCUUUCAUCCAUGAAAUCAAUGUGACUCUUGGCGACAAGAUACGAAUGGUAAUAUGUGGCCUCCUUAUUCUGCCGUUCCGAAUUGUUAUCUUUUUGACGGUGCUUAUAAUCUCCUGGUUGGUCGCGGUCAUUGUCACCAGCUGCAUUCCAAAAGACAGCACAGAGCCAAUAAAAGGAUGGAGGAGAAAUGUUGCAAAGCAUUUUCUUAGCUGCCUUGGACGCCUGCUGUUCUUUUCUAUGGGAUUUCAUGUUCGGGUCAUUGGAAAACCUGCAAGCUCCUCAGAAGCACCGAUUAUGGUUGUUGCUCCACACUCUUCCUUCUUUGAUGGCAUUGCAGUUAUCACAUCAGGCAUGCCCUCCACUGUAUCCAGAGCAGAAAACAUGUCGGUACCUAUAUUUGGCAGAAUUUUUCGUGCUCUUCAGCCUGUAUUGGUGUCACGAGUGGAUCCUGAUUCUCGGCGGAACACGAUAAAAGAGAUAACAAAGCGAGCAACGUCAGGAGGCGAAUGGCCCCAGGUUUUAAUUUUUCCUGAAGGAACUUGUACCAAUCGCUCUUGUUUGAUUUCCUUUAAACCAGGUGCGUUUCUUCCCCUGGUGUCUGUUCAGCCUGUGGUUCUUCGUUAUCCCAACGCUUUGGAUACAGUCACCUGGACAUGGCAAGGAUACACUGUGGCAAAGCUUCUACUCAUGACUGUGUGUCAAGUCUGUACCAAUGUAGAAGUAGAGUUUCUGCCUGUUUAUGUCCCCUCUGAAGAGGAGAAGAAGGAUUAUUUUCUGUAUGCAAACAAUGUUCGGGAUGUAAUGGCACGGUCUCUAGGAACACCAGUCACUGAUCAUACCUAUGAAGACUGCAGACUAAUGUUAACAGCUAGAAACUUGACUUUACCAAUGGAGGCCGGCCUUGUGGAGUUCACGAAAAUCAGCAGAAAGUUAAACCUAAAAUGGGACAAUUUUCAAAAACAGCUAGAAGUGUAUGCGUCUAUGGCUGAUGUGUCAAAAGGAGGAAGAAUUGGAAUUGAAGAGUUUGCCAAUCACCUUAAGCUGCCGAUAUCUGAUAUACUAAGAGAGCUGUUUGCGCUGUUCGACAGGGACAAGGAUGGCACCAUAGACUUCAGAGAGUAUGUCAUUGGCAUUGCAAUCCUUUGCAAUCCUGCCAAUUCUGAAGAUACCAUCCAAAUGGCAUUUAAGCUAUUUGAUGUCGAUGGAGAUGGCAGUAUCACAAAGGAUGAAUUUAAGUCCCUGUUACGAUCUUCAUUGGGUGUUCCAGACCUUGAUGUUGCUCAACUUUUCCAGGAUAUGGAUGCUGAUAAAUCAGGAAAAAUCUCUUACGAGGAGUUCAAAAACUUUUUUCUCAAUCAUCCAGUAUAUGCGAAAUUAUUUACAACUUACCUUGACCAUCAGAAAUAUUACUUGCAUGUACUGCAGGAGGAGGAGGAAGAAGACAAGAAUUUAGAGCCCUUUAUAGCCGGAAAUCAGGACAUCAACAGCAGCACAGAGGAAGCUCUGAGUUCAUCAGACAAAAAAGAAGACUGAAUGAGACUUAAACAAAACUUAAAAAGUUUUAUAUUGUUGUCUGUGUCAGGAUGCAUGGGACUUUUCCCCAAUGUUUUUACCUUUGUGGUAAAUGACUUGUUGGAGACGAUUUUUAGGCCAUUCUGUGGUAUUUAAAAACUUUAUAUAUAUUAUUAUUAUUUUUUUUGGGCAAUUUGGGAUACCAUAUCUGCAGUGAAAGACAGAGGUUUUAGGCCUCUUUCACACCCUGGUCGCAGAUGAGGGGCGGAUUUGUUCAGGGUGCAUUGCGGGAAACCUGCGCGAGUAGGCACGCAAUCAGUUUUGUCUGCGAUUGUGUUCCGAUGUUUUUUCCGCGCGAGUG